AGCAGACUUGCACUGUUAGGGUUGGAGCACUGACUGCACUAAACCGCGCCCUUCCGUCUGACAAAAUGUUACCUUCUAAGCAUUCUGCAUCCAAAUAUGGGUGGUUCAUGACAGUUGUUGCCAUGGCUGCCUGUGUUCUGAGCAUUGUUACCAUGGUAACGCAGAUGGUGGUUGUUCUGGAGGUGAGAAACUUGAGAUCAGAACUCCGGGAAACAAAGCUGCGUCACAAGGAAGCAGUUCUGGACGGCGGAGAUCUUGCAGAGCUUCAAGACGCCAAGCGCCCGGAGGGAGCAGGCUCUCAAGGCGACAUCGAGGCAGAGCGCCCUGGGAAGGAGAGCUUGACUGGGAAAGAGAACUACCACCGGUCAAAGAGGUCCGCCAAUAGCAUCACCAUGCCCUUUGGAAGCUGCCUUCAAGGACCACCUGGGGUUCCGGGGAGGGACGGUCUACCUGGUGCAGCUGGUUCACCGGGGAGAGACGGUACCGGUCUGCCAGGCGCUGCCGGUACACCGGGGCAAGACGGUCCGCCAGGUGCAGCCGGUUCACCGGGCAGAGACGGUCAGCCAGGCGCAACUGGUUCACCGGGAAGAGAUGGACGCGAUGGACAACCAGGCACUGCCCCUCCUAGGAGCCUAGUCUGUCCCAGCGGUUACGUUAGGUUCCAGGACAGAUGCUUCAAAUUCUUUACCUACAAGAAGAACUACGCCGGUGCCAGGGCCGCCUGUCGGGCUGUCGGUGCGAGUCUGGCCAUGCCGAAGGACCAGGCAACCAACAACUUCCUGUUCAACCAACUGACCACGUACCCCUCUGGCUCCUCCUACACCUGGUUCGGCCUGACAGACCUGGCCCAGGAGGGAACCUUUGUGUGGGAGGACGGGACGCCGCUCACCGGCUGGAGCAACUGGAAUACAGGGCAACCUGACGACCAUCAAUCUGAUGAGGACUGUGCUCAUUGGUACAUUCCGAAUGGCUACAAGUGGAACGAUCGGUCGUGCUCUAUAAGUCAGUAUUUUGUGUGUGAAGUCGAUGCAACCGUUCCCUAGCCCCACAGAA